AUGUUUAUCAGACAAUCAUCGAGGCUUCCUAGCCAAUUGGCUAGGCAAGCGGCUUCCCGUCAGUUCUCCACGCGAGCUGCGCUUCGGCAAGAGAUUCGGGACGCAUACAUUAUUAGUGCCUCGAGAACACCGACAGCAAAGGCAAAAACAAACGGUUCAUUCAAUGGCUCAUUCACGAGUGUAACUGCGCCGCAGCUGGGCGCCGUCGCCAUCAAGUCCGCAAUCGAAAAGUCCAAAGUCCCCGUCAACAAGAUCACCGACGUGUACAUGGGUAAUGUCCUACAAGGAUCCGUUGGGCAGGCGCCGGCUCGCCAGGCUCUGAUCUUUGCCGGUCUCCCGUCUAGUGUGGAAGCGAUCACCAUCAACAAGGUCUGCGCAUCCGGCAUGAAAGCCGUUGUUUUUGCCGCACAAAACAUCCAGCUCGGUCUGUCGGAGGCGCAGGUUGCUGGUGGCAUGGAGAACAUGACGAGGGUGCCUUAUUACGUGCCCCGCGCUUCUAGCCUGCCGCCAUUCGGGCAUGUCCAGAUGGAGGACGGCCUGAUCAAGGACGGGUUGACUGACGUCUACGACAAAUUCCACAUGGGCAACUGCGCCGAGAACACGGCUAAGAAGUACGAGAUUUCUCGCGAGAUGCAAGACGAGUACGCUAUCGGGUCCUACAAGCGCGCUCAGGCUGCGUGGAAAGCCAACGCCUUUGCCGAGGAGAUCGCUCCUGUUACUGUUCGCGGAAGGAAGGGCGACACAGUUAUUGAGUCUGAUGAGGGAUACCUCGACGUCAAGUUCGACAGGGUGCCUACCCUGAAACCGGCCUUUGUGCGCGACGGCACCGGCACUGUCACUGCUGCCAACUCCUCCACGUUGAACGACGGUGCCAGUGCACUUGUUUUGGGCAGCAAGGAGAUUGCGCAAAAAUACGGUUCCGGUUCUCGAGUGCUGGCAAAGAUCUGCGGCUCGGCUGACGCCGCGGUUGAUCCUAUCGACUUCCCCAUCGCUCCAGCCAAGGCGGUACCCAUCGCACUUGAGAGAGCGGGUAUCACCAAAGACCAAGUCGCCGUAUGGGAAUUUAACGAAGCUUUUGCCGCUGUCAUCAAGGCAAACGAAAAGAUUCUCGGAUUGGAGGGUGCUCGGGUUAACCCUCUCGGCGGAGCGAUCUCCCUUGGCCACGCCCUGGGUAGCUCCGGAUCACGAAUUAUCGUCACUCUGCUGCACCAGCUGAAGCCUGGCGAAUACGGUGUUGCAGCCAUCUGCAACGGAGGCGGCGCGGCCACGGCGAUCGUCGUGCAGCGUGUCGAGUCCGUGUAA